CACCCUUCAAAUUUCCGAAUUUCCACAUAACCUAAAAAACAUUUUCUUUAAUUUUUUUCAUAGAAUACACUCUACACGUUUUUUUCAAUAUUUCUCCUAAUGAAAUAUGUAAAAUGUUGUGUGGGCCAGACUUAUUGAGUAGUGAUGAAGACGGGUUAUCUGACGAUAAUGAUUAUUACGAGUUUAAGGAGAGACUGAAAGCCAGCCAGAGAGAAGCAAAUCUGAAAGCUGAUACCGAAGCUGACAAACAGAAACAGCAGCUAAAAUCAGUGUUUUCAGCAAUUGCUUAUGAAAGGGAAGAUGUAUUUCUUGCAGAGUUAGAAAAGGGUCUAGACCCAAAUGUGGAUUUAGACCAAGGAUGGACUCCUCUCCUUCUUGCCUCUACCACCGCAAACGAAAAAAUUAUUUCCACUCUUGUAGAAAAAAAUGUCAAUAUUAAUCAACCCCGAGACGGUUUAACGCCGUUAAUGUUAUUGUGCAAUAUAAAUUCGAAAGACGACGCAACUGAAGCAAAAAUUUUAUCUUGCAUUAAGCUGCUUCUAAAUAAGGGAGCAGAUGUUAAUAUAGUCGAUAAUAAAAGAAAAACGGCCAUUAUGUUUGCUGCUUAUAACGGCCAUUUAGAGACUGUUAAAUUAUUAUUACCUUUAGUGGAUAAAGAGGUUGAAGAUAAUCAGCGAUGGAAUGUACUAUUUUGGGCUAUUAAUGGCAACAAUCUUGAAAUAGUAGAAUAUCUCCUAAAGGAAGGUUUUAACUGUGAUAAAACUGAUAUCAGAGGAAAUACAGCUGCGGAAUUAGCACACAGUAGGGGAUAUCAAGACAUUUUAGACUUCUUCCCAAAAGACCCAUUCGACGAAUUUUAUCAAUACUUGAAUAACAAUGAACUCAAUUUUGAGGAAACUUUCAAUAACCUCACCCCAAACGAAAAGCCUCAAUUUUUCACCGAUGUUUGUCAAAUUUUAUACGGAACUCGAAGCGAGAGCGUAAUGCCUCUUCUAAGGGACAAAAACAUGUCCCUCUUUGAAUUUUUAACACUAGACGAUUCUAAACUGAAAGAAAUCGGUGUUCAAUUCCCGUUUCAAAGGAACCGCAUUUUAGGGGGACUGUACAAGUUUCACAAAUACCAAUUUCAGCCGAAAUCCAUACCUUUUAUAACGAAAAAUCAAUUAUACACUAACAUUGAUGUCGCAACUGCUAUUCUGACAUGUAUUAAACAAAUAAUUGCGAUGGAGGCGAGUCUUAAGUUUAUUUUAAAUAAUUGUGAAACAAAUGUCGAGGUAAAAGAGAUUCGAAUUUUUUUAGAGAAAAAUAGACAACAGAUUCGAAGACUAAAACAAGUGACUGAGUCACUAGUGGUUAAGACUGAACAGUGGGAUUCUACCUUAAAACCUGCUGAUAAGAUUACGAAAAAGCGGCAAAACAUUCCGUGGGCCACACUUUGGCUUACUUUUGGAAUCUCGUUGUUUGUAUUAUUAAAACUGAAGUUGUAAUUAAGGAGAAAUAAAAAAAAUUCAAUCUUU